AUCCGAAAAUGAAAGAAAAAAGCUUCCAUCAACUUCAUGACCCCUUCUUUUUUGGGUGUAAAAAAACAUCAGGAAUUAAUUGCUCAAAAUAAUUCAACCGCCAGCCCAAUCGCUGUAACCUUCCCUUCACUUGAAUAACUGCUCAGCGUGCAAUCCUCGGAAUGAGGUGAUUAUGCAACAUUAGAAGAGGGAGGGUACUCCUACAUGGAAUUGGCAGCAGCAACUUCUCUAUCUGCUUCUUGUUCUUCUUCACCAAUUACUGGGUCAUGGAGAACGGCAUUUCUAUCCCUGAGGGACGAAACCCAGUCCCUACCUUCCCUCCGACAAUCUCAUAUCCAAACCAUCCUUCAACUCCUCAACCGUUUCAUUUUCUUCCAAGCCGAUAAUUUAAUUCAUGUUGCUUCCCUCCUGCCCCUGACGAGGUUGGAGCGGAUAUUAUGCUUUUGAUGGAAUUGGCUCGGAAUAUUUCUGAUGAUGCUGCUGCAGAUUUUGACGAUGUCACUCAAUCCUUCAUUCAAUUAUCCAAUUUUAUACAUGGCACCAUCUCUCGUGUUUCUUUCAAAUUGGAUGCAGCAUCUUGGGUUUUAUCACUUGACUGCUUCAGGAGAGUAGUGAAGGCUUUUCUUGGAAAAGCUAAAAUGAAUGCUGCUUUUAUAGAAAAUGCUUCUGUCAUCAGCGCAAUAAAACACUGUCUACAGUCUUCUAGGUUACUUUUUGGUGUUUGUCAGAGAACAAACUUGUCAUCAGGAAAUAAAGAACUGCUAGAGUUUCUUCACGUUGUUAUUGCUUCCUUUCAAAUGGAGUCACUUUACUCAUCUUGCUCAAGUGGCAGCAGGAAAGUAUCUAAAAAUCAAUGUGUUUGGGAAGUUCAGAAUACUGCUUUCUCCAUAAUUGGUGAAGUAUACUUGAAGGUUGGCAAGUCAUUACAUAUUGACAUUUGGGAAUCAACAAUUAAGGCUUUUUCUGUACUUUUUAGGUUCUUAGACACGUGAUGGAUUUCUUAGCUUCUAAUGCCCUCUUGCAGAAGACAGUGUGAUGGCCACGUUUUACAACUCAGUUCUGCAUUGCUUACACAUGGUUCUUGUAGAUUCUAAAGGAUCUCUGUCAGUCCAUGUGGCUGGUUUUGUAGCAGCAUUGAGGUUGUUUUUAAGCUAUGGUGUUGCCAAUAGAAACCGUUUUGUAUCACCAGAGGCUGGUCAAGGGAAGGAACUUAUUUCUUCCUCAAAAAACCUAGAAAUGGCAGAAUUAAGUAAAUCAGGCUCUGUCCCUUAUAGACCACCACACUUGAGGAAGAGGGAAUUGAAGAAUUUGCAGCGGAAAGAUGAGGAAUCUCUUUCUUCUGCAGGACUUGAAUCUUCAACAGGAUAUCAUGUAUCCUCUGAUUCAGAUUACAGUGAUGGUGAUGGAUCAGCACGGGAUCUUAGCAUUGUUCGUUGUGACAAGACAAGACUAGCUGCCAUUAUUUGCUUACAGGAUCUUUGUAGAGCUGAUCCUAAAUCAUUUGCUACCCAAUGGACAAUGCUUUUGCCCCAAAGUGAUGUUCUACAGCCAAGGAAGCAUGAAGCAACUUUGAUCAGUUGCCUGCUGUUUGAUCCUUACAUAAAGGCACGGCUUGCGUCUGCCUCUACUAUUACUGCGAUGCUUGAUGGACCUGCAUCGGUUUUCCUACAGGUUGCAGAAUUUAAAGAUACCACAAAGCGUGGAUCAUUUACAGCGCUUUCCAGCUCCCUUGGUCAGAUCUUAAUGCAGCUUCAUUCAGGCACUCUGUACUUAGUGAAACAUGAAAAGCAUGGGGGAUUACUGGCGUCCCUGUUCAAAAUUCUGACACCUUUGAUAUCAUCUACUCCAUAUUCAAGAAUGCCCCCAGGGUUGCUGCUGACAGUUAUCUCUUCGGUUCGAGAAAGGAUCGAAGAUGGCUUUUAGUUCGAAUUGACCAGACAAGCCUACUGGCUGCAGCUUUUGAUUGCUUAACGGUAGCUUUGUCUGUCUCACCCCCCUCAGUUCAAGUCAAACAUAUGCUUUUAGAGGAAGUUGGAAGAGGUUUUCUUGAGGUGCAAAAGAAGCCUGGACUGUUAUAUGCAUUAUUUUCGUAUUCUGAACCAUUCAGGAGCCCAUCUAUAAGCUUUGAAUCACUACAGGCCCUUAGAGCUGUGGCACAUAAUUAUCCGAGUGCAAUGUUUUCAUGUUGGAAAGAGGUGUCCUCUAUUGUGUAUG